AUGAUGAAGUUGAUAGAACAAUCUCAAGUUUCACCACCACCCAAUUCACUUCCAUCACCAACCACUCUCCCUCUCACUUUCUUCGACAUCCCAUGGUUUUAUUGUCAGCCUGUUCAACGCAUCUUCUUCUACCGCUUUCCUCAUCCAACACAUCACUUCCUUCAAACAACACUUCCCAUUCUCAAACACUCUCUUUCUCUCACCCUCCAACACUUCUUCCCAUUCUCCUCCAACCUCAUCAUCCCUCCUAAUUCCGAUGACCCCCCUUACAUACGCUACCUCAACGGCGACUCUCUCUCCUUCACCGUCUCUGAAUCCUCCGCAAACUUCAACCUCCUCAUAUCUGAUUCACAAGACGCUCAAAACUGGCACCCUCUUGUUGCUAACCUACCUCCACCUCGUAUAGAACCAAACGGUGCACGAGUUAUUCCUAUAAUGGCCAUUCAACUCACCGUUCUACCAAAUCAUGGAUUCUCUAUAUGCCUCACGUUUCAGCAUGUUGCCGGAGACGGAAAAUCACUUCAUCAUUUCAUGAAAUAUUGGGCCUCUCUUUCAAAAGCCAGUGCAAACAACCACAACAAACAUAGUUUAUUAUCUCUACCUCUUGAUCUUCCUUCCCAUGAAAGAGAUAGAGUUAAAGACACAAAAGGUCUUAAAUCUAUCUACUUACAAGAACUACAAGAUUCAGAUUCAAAAAAGAUAGAAUUCGCAGAUUCUCGUGAUAGCAGUGAAUUUUCAUUACCAAAAACCUACUUUGGAAAUUGUCUUACCUCUUAUACUGUGUCAGUAAAGAGGAAUGACUUACUUGGAGAAAAUGGGAUUAUUGUGGCUUCAAAUGGUAUUGAAAAAAAGAUAAGAGAUUUUAAGAGUGAUGCUUUAUUAGGAGCUGAAACAUUGAUGUCUCAUUACAGGGAAUUAUCGAAACCUGGUAAAUCUGUUGUAGUUGUUGCAGGAUCACCUAAACUUGCUGUUUAUGAGACUGAUUUUGGUUGGGGGAAGCCUGUGAAAUCUGAUUCAGUACAUCUUGAUUCAUCUGGUUCGAUUUCUCUUUCUGAUUGUAGAGAUGGUGGAGGUGGAAUUGAGGUUGGUUUGGCUCUUGAUAGGUCUCGAAUGGCUAAUUUCAUCAGCAUCUUUCAACAACAACUUGAUAGUAUCUGUAACAUGUGGAUGGAAGAAAAUGCACAAGUCUUGGGUUUCAGCAGCUCAAAAUGA